UUUCUUCCUCCUUUCUGCAAAACUCAGUGAAAAUAUCGCAUUAGUCCGAUAAAUUUGAGGAUUUAGGGCAGAACACUGGAGAGUGCUGCUCCUUAAUCAUAAAAAUUUACUUGUUUGAUCUAUUCGUCAUCGGCUCUGUGAAGCACUUAACUGUCGUAAUUUUCAGGGAUUUUGUGUUAGGGUUUCUGUUCGAGGUUUAUGAUCGGAAUUCAAGGUGGCCGUGAUGUUUGCUGAAGAACACGAACCCCACGCACUUCGAUGGGUCCGCGAGCAGAGGGUUGAUCCCCUUCAUGGUAUUCGAAAUGUCUGUCGGGGGCUUGGAAUUCCUCCGCCGGAAAAGUUCCGCAGUGGCCAUCUGCCUCGCACUGCGGUGCCUCUAUCGCGCACGAUGCCAGUGGAUGAUUGCAGUGAAUUGGGAUCGGAUAUGGACGUUUCAUCUGACAUUGAAGAAGAAAUCUUUGUUGGCACCUAUUCGCCUGAUUCUUCUCCACCUCGAAAUGGUAUUAGUCGUGGGGGGAUUCCUAAUGGAAGCUCCGGAAUUUCUCGUCAGCAUCAUUUCUAUAGUGAUGGUUAUUCGGACUUAAGCUCAUCCGUCGAGCCUCUGCGGCAACCGGCGAGGCAGCAGUGGAAGAAGGGGAGCAUGAGUGGCUACACGGAGGAGGAAGAAGAGGGAAGCUCGGGCUUUAAUGGGCUGAUGGGAAGAGGGGGAUUUACCAGUUUUAGCGAGAACGGAAGAGAAAGGUACGCUGGAGAGAACCACACGAGUACAGGUCAUUUUCGAAACAAAAAAGCAGUUUCUGCUGCCAUGGGGCGUUCUGCUGAUGUCCCAAGUGCGCCACCUUUUUCUCGUGAUGAAAUCAAUCAACCCGUUGACUCUGUAAGCUGCUCAAUGGCAUGUGAUACUCCUAGCACGACGUGUUUUAAUGAUCAUUCUUGUAAAAAUGGCAUUAAUAUACAGGCAAAUUCAGGAAGCAAAAAAACCAAUCAGAAUAUAAGCUCCAGUUCAGUUGGUAUGGAGGCUUCAGCUCCAUCAAAGUUUUUGCCAAUGAAAGUUCCCACUUUUCAUGCAUGUGGACUAGGGCCCUGGCAUUCUGUUGUUGCAUAUGAUGCUUGUGUUCGUCUGUGCCUUCAUUCAUGGGCACGCGGUUGCAUGGAAGCUCCAAUUUUCUUGGAAAAUGAAUGUUCCCUUUUGCGAAAUGCAUUUAGUCUGCAGUACGUAUUGUUACAAUCAGAGGAGGAACUCCUUCAAAAACGUUCUUCAGAACACCUUGAUGGAGCUGCAGUCAAACCAAAGAAAGUUAUUGGGAAGAUGAAAGUUCAAGCCCGUAAGGUUAGAAUGACUCUCGAUAGACCUUCCGGCUGCAAUUAUAUAUCGUUGAGGAGUCAAACGGUGAAGCUGGAAUCAUUUCGUUAUCGCAUGUUGAACUUUCAGUCAACUUUAUCGUCGGGAUGGGAGUCCCUUCGAAAAGUUCGAGUUUUACCUCGUUUAGCUGCUGGUAGCUCUUUUUCCAAGCACAGUCUGGCCUAUAUGCAAGCUAGCACUCAAUACAUAAAGCAGGUUUCUGCUAUCCUAAAAACUGGGGUGAGCUCUCUCCGCAGUGCUCCUGCCUUUGAAGCUGUAACAGAAUCAUAUUCUUGUUUUUUGAAACUGAAAAGCUUAGCUGAAGAGGACAGGGUUAGAAUGCAAGUUGGUUCUGGUGAAACACAUGUUUUCUUCCCUGACAGUAUGGGGGAUGAUCUCAUUGUUGAAGUUCAUGAUUCUAAAGGGAAGUAUCUUGGACGGGUUGUUGUUCAACUGGCAAUCAUUGCAGAGGAUGUGAGCAAUAAAGUUCGGUGGUGGUCAAUUUUUAAAGAACCGGAACAUGAACUUGUUGGACACAUACAACUUUAUGUAAAUUACUCAACCACUACAGAUGAAAAUAGUUCUCUGAAGUGUGGAUCUGUUGCGGAAACCGUGGCAUAUGACAUCGUUUUGGAAGUUUCAAUGAAAGUGCAACGUUUUCAGCAACGCAAUCUACUUUUGCAUGGACCGUGGAAAUGGUUACUUACGGAAUUUGCUUCUUACUAUGGUGUUUCAGACGCAUACACGAGAUUAAGAUAUCUGUCAUACAUCAUGGAUGUAGCGACUCCUACGGCAGACUGCCUAUCAUUGGUUCAUGAUCUUCUUGCACCUGUACUUUUGAAGAAUGGUGGUACCAAAGCUUUGAGUCAUCAAGAGAACCGUAUUCUUGGAGAAGUUGAGGAGCAAAUUGAGGUAAUUUUGGCAAUGGUUUUUGAAAAUUACAAGUCACUGGAUGAGUCGUCUCCUUCUGGAAUAGUGGAAGUUUUCCGGCCUUCUGCUGGUAUACCAGCUGCAGCUUUGGUGCCUGCUGUAAAUCUAUACAAGCUUUUACAUGAUAUAUUAUCGCCAGAGGCACAAUUAAAGCUAUCCAGCUAUUUUCAGGUUGCUGCCAAGAAGCGAUCAAGGAGGCAACUAUCUGAAACUGAUGAAUUUAUUGGAAGCAGUACUGCAGGCACUAGCGGUGGAACUACCACUGAAGCUCUCACUCUAACUACUGCCUAUGAAAAGAUGAAAAAUGUAUGCUUAAAUGUAAGGAAUGAAAUAUUUACAGAUAUUGAGAUCCAUGACCAACAUGUGCUUCCUAGCUUCUUAACCCUUCGUAAUAUAUCAGCAUCAAUUUACAGCGUUGAGCUUUGUAAAAGAAUGCGUGAAUUUCUUAUUGCUUUUCCACCCGCUGGUCCUUCACCACCUGUGACAGAUCUUGUAAUUGCUACAGCAGAUUUUCAGAAGGAUCUCGGUAACUGGAAUAUGGGUCAUGUUAAGGAUGGUGUUGAUGCAAAAGAACUCUUUCACCUCUACAUUUUAUUCUGGAUUCAAGAUAAACGCCUACAAUUGCUUGAUUCUUGCAAGCUAGACAAAGUGAAAUGGUCCGGUGUUAGAACACAGCAUAUGACAACUCCAUUUGUCGAUGGCAUGUACGAUGUACUGAGAGAAACUCUCAACGAGUACGAAGUUAUCAUCUGUCGAUGGCCAGAAUACACUGCGGUUCUUGAGAACGCUAUUGCAGAUGUUGAGAAAGCUGUAAUUGAGGCUUUAGAGAGGCAGUAUGGUGAUGUUUUGGCUCCCUUAAAGGAUGCUCUUACACCCAAAAAAUUUGGCCUCAAAUAUGUGCAGAAAUUGGCUUCCCGUAGCAAUGCAGGGCCUUACACCGUGCCUGAUGAACUUGGCAUUCUGCUAAAUAGUAUGAAACGGUUGCUCGAUGUUUUGUGGCCGAAGCUAGAAGUGCAAUUUAAAUCUUGGGCAUCUUAUAUACCUGAUGGUGGUAAUACAUCAGUUGGCGAGCACCUCAGUGAAGUUAUGUUGAUGCUUAGAUCGAAGUUCAGAAACUACAUGCAAGCAGUCGUUGAGAAGCUUGUGGAGAAUAGCCGUGCACAACCUGCAACAAAAUUGAAGAAGAUUAUUCAGGAUACAAAAGAUGUUAUGAUUGAAUCUGAUAUAAGGAACAGAAUGCAACCUCUGAAGGAUCAACUCAACGAGACUAUAAUUCAUCUUCAUACUAUUUUGGAGGUCCAUAUAUUUGUAUCAUUAUGCAGAUGCUUCUGGGAUAGGAUGGGACAGGAUGUCCUAAAUUUUUUAGAAGAUCGAAAAGAAAACAGAUCUUGGUACAAAAGUGCAAGAAUAACUGUUGCUAUUUUGGACGAUACGUUUGCUUCGCAGAUGCAACAAGUGCUUGGGAACGCACUGCAAGCAAAGGAUUUGGAGCCUCCAAGGUCGAUCAUGGAAGUUCGUUCAGUUCUCUGCAAGGAUGCUUCCACUCAGAAUGAUUCAAAUUUCUACUACUAGAAUUGUUCAACACAUCAACAUAAAUAAGUACCGAAUGGAGCUUCAGAUUCAACACUUAUGUCACAAAAUGGUCUUAUUGUAGCAGUUGGCGAGAAUUUGAGAGCUGCUUAUCGAUGCAAAUAUUUGUCUUUUUGUUGGCUCGGUGAUAUUGAAGAUUCAUUCAUUCAGGUCUUCAAGAAAGGCUCCAAACACUGUAUGAGAAGAAAAAUGGCGGAGGGAUUCAUUCAGCUUUUGCUCACUGAGUUGUGUAGAUAAUAUGUGAGUCUUCUUCAUAUAAUGUGCGGCCAGAAGUUUUGAAAGGAAGAUUUUUGUUAUAUUUUUGCAUCGUUUUAAGAGAAAUGGUUUUGUUGAAUGGGUUCAGUCGUCAGGAUUUACUUAAGGUGGGUAUUUAUGAAAAAUGUCAUAGCUACAGUUAUUUAUUUGACAUCAAGAAGCCUGGUCA